ACGAAAUAUUUUCAAGUAUUUAAAAUUGUAAACAAAACAUGUUUCUUAUACUGAAAUUGGUAUUAAUAAUUUUAUUAUAUAAUACAUACGCGUUUAUCUCGCACGAUAGAGAAAUAAUAUUGCUACCGGCAUGGAACCCGAUAGACGCGAACGAGUCAUUAACAUUAACCCUGAAAGUUUUCGGAAAUUUGAUUCAGCUGAAUCUUCGUAGAAACGAUCAGACUGUAUUGUCUGCGUUUGAACUAUGGAAAUAUAAUGCAAAAGACGUCACAGAAAAGUUGUCGCAGUAUAAAGCAUCGAAUUCUUGUUUCUAUUUUCAUGAAAAUCAUGACAGUUUUGCGGCCGUCAGCUUUUGUCAAAAAAAUGGAUUGGAAGGAUUUAUCUUUGUGAAAAACGUCACAUUAGAGAUACGGCCUUUGCGGAACGACUUUGCGCCUCCGUCCUUAAUCGAUGAUUUUUGCGUUAAAGAACAAAUUAAUCUUUCAUUUGGCCAACCUCAUCUUAUUGAAACGUCAGUGCAAUAUUUUAGUGAUUUAAAUCUAAAUCAUUGGAACAACUUUAAACCAAAGCGACGUCGCGUACGAAGUACGCAUGGAGAGAUAACCAUAGAAAUGGCAGUUUUCUUCGACGAAGCAGCAUAUCGCACAUUCAUGCCUCUUCUGGACAACGAUAAGGAAAAAAUACGCUAUAUAAUAUUAGCGUAUGUGAAUCAUAUUCAGGCUAUGUUCCAUCAUCCGAGUUUAGGUGUCUCUGUCGAUAUUUCGUUGAAAUAUUUGGAGAUUAUGGAAAAUCAACCGAUAAAUUUGCCAGUUCUCGACAAAGAAUAUAAAAAAAUGCUGAGUAUGUUCUGCAAUUACGCGAAAACUUACAAUCCUCCACGAGAUGAUGAUCCACGUCACUGGGACAUUAGCCUUUGUCUAACCGGAAUAGAUCUUUAUAAAGUUCUGGGAAUAUCCAAUCCCAGGAACAUAUGCAAUAGGACUGCUUCAUGCGCGAUUGCAGAAUUCCGUGCUACAUCUGAAAUCAUAUCUUCUAUAAUUAAAACAUCAUCUUCUGUUGCUGUCCAUGAGAUUGCUCAUGUCUUAGGAUUGACACACGAUUCAGAAAAUUUGGGAGACAAAUACGAAUACAUAAUGACACCUUACGCGUCCAACGAAAGUCAGAUAUCAUGGUCCGAGCACAGUUAUAAGGAAAUGAGAUGGCUACACUGGACGGGAGUCAAGUUAUAUUUAGCAUAUUCGUGUCUUCUUCGAGAUCAUGUCAGACUUGAAGAUGACACAUAUAUAUUUAAAAAUCGGAGUUAUCACAAUUUACCUGGAAGAGAAUGGACUGCCAAAGCACAAUGCGAAUUACUCUUGCGCAACAAAAAUGCGAACGUAGUCACGUUACAUGAUAUAUGUAAAAGUUUACAAUGCGAAACUCCUCACAAGAAUACAUAUUAUUUCACGGGACCGGCGCUAGCAGGAACUUAUUGCGCUCUCGGGAAGGAAUGUCGCGGAGAAAAAUGCGUACCAGUUAUCGAGCCGCCAUACAUUUUUAAGUAUUGUGUAGACGAUAACUGGAGUGAAUGGAAAGAAGACACCUGUAAAAGCGGUUGUUUGAAAAAAUCUAAAGGCGCAUUAGUCAAACGACGUUUUUGCAAACAUGAGACACACAUAACAGCGAAUUGCAUUGGACCAUAUACGACGUGGUUUUGUGCGAUGAUUCUUCACUCUGUAGUGAAAAACGUACAACAAUCACCGAGUUCACGACUAUGAAAUGCACCGAAUUCAGCCGUACCAUAUUCGAACUGGAAGCGAAGGCGGGAUGGCAGGCUCCCCAUGAAGUUGAUAAACCGUGGGUAGCCUGUUCUGUACAUUGUAAACGAGAGGACUAUCCUACUUAUUACACACCGCGAUUCAAAAUGAUCGACUAUGAUAUCAACCCAUAUUUUCCGGAUGGAACGUGGUGUCACAAUGAAAAUGAUGAGGAUUAUUAUUGCCGCCAGCAUCAUUGUUUGCCGGAAAGCUACUCAUUCGAAGAAUAAUGAUAAAGACACUGUCCAUAUGUAUUAAUGAGUUAUCCAGAGAAAGAAAAAUUGCAAAACGCGCGUGAGUCAACAAUUUUUAAU